GGUGUGUGAGUACAAUUUUAGAUGCCCACGAGGAAAAUCGUUUAACGUCCUCCAUCCGGGUGGAGCAAUAAUAGAUGCGAAAGAAAACCCCUUAGCAAAGUUGGCGUGGAUUUAGUGUACGACCGAAAAAGCGCAUCUUUUAUCCGGUGAAUUAUUCCCCGAAAGUGCCAUAUUGCAGUAGUGCGUGUUUGAAAUAUUUGUUUGCAACGAGUGAAACAAAUAGAAAUUACCAAUAUUUUGUUUGUGCACACUGCGACGAAAAAUCAAGGUCAAUCUCGUCGAGAGCCAUACGUUUUCUGGAUCGAUUCCAAAGGUGUUCCCGAAGUGCAACACACAAGCACAGGCAGUGAGGGAGGAGAAGAAAAAAACAACAAAAUAAGGGAAAAAAUACGGAACGCCCUUUGAGAAAAAAGGGACGCUGUGGAACGGGAAAGCAGAACAGGCAGAUCAACAAUUCCACUUUUGAUCUAAGGCAGAAGUAAACGGCGGCGCGCAUCGACGGAGAAAAACCAUCCAGCAGAGCAGCAGCAGCAGCACAGACAUGGCGCCGAAGUCGAGGAAAAAGAAGGCAAACGCACGCGUACUUCAAUGUUACUGCGAACAUCACUGCCCAGACAAUGUACAGAACGGAACGUGCGAAACGCGACCAGGCGGAUCCUGCUUUGCCUCUGUGGAGGAGGUUAUGGAUGAGGAGACGAAACAGCUGGUUCCCGAGUGGAGCCACGGAUGCAUGUCACCGGAACAGGGCGGCGGUUUGCUACAGUGUAAAGUCGGAACGAUGUCACCACAGAUACACGGGAAGAGUAUCGUCUGCUGUGACAACAAGGACAUGUGCAACCGCGACCUGCAUCUCGAGUACAAUCCGCGCACGACGACGACACCGGACCCGCCCAAGGUGGACGCCAACAGUGUACACCAGAUUGCCCUCCUCACGUCCGUCGUCAUCUGCUCGACCGUGUUCGUGGUGGUUGUGUUCAUCGUGUACUGCGUGUACCGGAGGCGUGAGAAGCGGAAGCCAGCCUACCUGAUGAACUCACUGUAUAACACGACCAACGGACACCUACCGAUCGCGGACCUCGUGGAGCAGAGUAGUGGCAGUGGAUCCGGAUUGCCCCUGCUUGUACAGCGUACCAUUGCCAAACAGAUUCAGAUGGUGCAUUCGGUGGGCAAGGGACGAUACGGUGAGGUGUGGCUGGCAAAGUGGCGCGACGAGAAGGUGGCGGUGAAGAUUUUCUUCACCACCGAGGAAGCGUCCUGGUUCCGGGAGACGGAGAUCUAUCAAACGGUGCUGAUGCGCAACGAAAACAUUCUCGGAUUCAUCGCCGCUGACAUCAAGGGAACGGGCUCCUGGACGCAGAUGCUUCUGAUCACGGACUAUCACGAACUCGGCUCGCUGCACGAUUACCUACAGAAGCGCGUCCUCAAUCCACACAUGCUGAAAACGUUGGCACACUCACUGUCAUCCGGCGUAGCGCAUCUGCACACGGAAAUUUUCGGAACCCCGGGCAAACCCUCGAUCGCUCACCGCGACAUCAAGAGCAAGAACAUCCUGGUCAAACGCAACGGACAGUGCGCGAUCGCCGACUUUGGGCUGGCGGUGAAGUACACGAGUGAAUCGAACGAGAUCCAGAUCGCACCGAACACGCGCGUCGGAACGCGCCGCUAUAUGGCGCCGGAAGUGCUGAGCGAAACGCUUGACCUGAAGUCCUUCGAUGCUUUCAAGAUGGCCGACAUGUACUCGGUCGGUCUGGUGUUCUGGGAGAUGGCUCGCCGUUGCAUAACGACCGUCCGCGGGGCGAAGAAUACGACCACGUGCGAAGACUACGCCCUCCCGUACCAGGAUGUGGUCCCAACGGAUCCGAGCUUCGAGGACAUGUACGCGGUAGUGUGCGUGAAGGGCGUCCGUCCGCCAAUACCGCUGCGGUGGCAGGAUGAGGACAUUUUGGUAGUAUUAUCCAAGAUUAUGCAGGAAUGCUGGCACCCGAGCCCGGCCGUCCGGUUAACCGCGCUGCGGGUCAAGAAGACGCUCGUCAAGCUCGAGACGGACUGUACGAUUAAGAUAGUUUAAGAAGGCACACAGAAAGAAGCAGACAGAAAGGGUUAAGACACCACCACCUCUCCCACCUUUCGGUUGGUUGUGGUGGUGGUCAAAUGAAACGUUCCUUUCAACUGGAGCCUUAUUUAUUUCCCUGCCGCAUCCAACGCCGGAUGUGAACGCGUGAAUCGAAGGAAUGAAAAGUUGUGUUUUGGCAAAACUGGCAGGUUUCGUUUGUAAAUAGUCAUCCCCAUGCGGUUCGUUUUCAUAUCUCUCUUCCAAACUAUCUCUCUCUCUCUCUAUCAAUUCUCUUCUCUCUGGUACUGUUUUCUUCCAUCGUCUCAUAUCCUGCUUCUGUUUUCACAACGUUCUUCCUUCGAAACGUUCGCGUUCGCCCGGCUUUGGGCAUGGUGUGGACUCUCUGUGUUUUUGUAUUUGCCAUAAAUUAAUCGUGUAAGAAGCAUGUAGACAUCUAAGCAGAUUAGCAAAGUGGCAAGGUUCACAACGCGAAAGGACUGUUAGAACGAAACGAUCGGAAACAUACAACCGGCGCCUUUGACAACUCAGUGCUUUAUUCAGUGCAAGAAGGCGAUAGUAGCGAAGCGGUGUAAUGAUCAUUUUCUCUGCACGCCUUUUUCUCUAGUUUUUUUUUAUAAAUAUCUAGACAUGGUAGGGUAGAAUUAGCUUGUAAUGGAGUAUAUAAACAUGCGCGCUACAGAGAGACACAAUUGUUAAUACAAAGAGGCACCACAUUUCAUGGACCUGAUUUGAAGUUUUCUCCAACCGAAGAGAAGCUUGUCCUUGAGCUUGAUUUCAGUUUUCCUUUUUUUAUAAAUUUGUUUUUAUGUUCACUUUUCAAUCGUACCGAAGAGUGUAGAAAGCGUUUAGUUUUUCUUGGUCUACAAGAAAACAUACCCAUUAUUGAGCAUUCAAAGAGAUUCUCUUACAUGUAAAUAGUUUGUUAAUGAAAAUAAAAAUGACUGCAUACAACACAUAAUGUGACGUAGAGACGAAAGUGGUUCUUCAAUUUUUAGAAGAGCCUCCUCCCCGCAAAGAUUGGUUUGCGAUAAGAAGAUGUGUGUGUUUGUGUGUGAUCGGAAGUAAUUUUUUUUUCAGUAAAUCAACGUGCCUGCUCCCCUUUCUAUGAGAAACAAAAUAAAAAAACGACUACAAAUUCAAUGUAUGAUAAAAUAUAGUUUAGUUAAGUUAGUUUAGCGCGCGCUGGUUUCGAUGAUGUUGUGUAGGUAUAACAUAGUGAACAUAAAGUGUAGAGGUGAAAAUAAAACAACCUGUUGCCUUCCACAAAUGCGCUCCUCCCCACUCUCAUUGGCUGAGGCAUUUUCAUUUUCUUCCAUUUAGGUUGCAAAUUUUUUUGAAACAGUAAACCAGUGCAGCGGAUGUUGAGGAACGUUUAGUAAAUUUUGUUUUCCAUACAGCGAUUAAAAAUUAGCAUAUAAAAAUUCAAAAUCGACCCUUAAGGACAUCGUUUGUUUAGUUUAUUUUCAAUUCUAGCGAAUUGCCGAGCGUAAAUCAAUG